AUGGACAAGCAGAUUGAUCUCGACUUCUUCCUUCCUUACUAUGGAUUUCGUUUCAAUUAUACUUUUAUCUACCAAGAAGGAUUUGUUGCGUUUUCGAAUCCAUGGUACAUCCAGCCACCAUAUUCGUUCCCGAACCCUCACUGGCCCAAUAAACCUGAUCCCAGUCUCAUUGCCGUAUUUAUGGCCGAACAACAGAUGCAACAUGUCGGGGACACCCGCAUCAGCAACGUGUGGUUUCGUGUGAUUGAAAGGCCAACAAACCUUAUUGGAUACAACAAUCUGCAAGUGGAUCCCGACGAGACCAACAGAGAACCGAGUUUGCAGCAACCAUUGGGUAUCUACAGUUACGACAAUCCGCGGUUUUACCGCACAUAUCGAGGUCGCCAGUUAAAAACUCAGCAAGGUCGACUAGAAGAUCCAGAAAUGUUGGACAGGAUCACGAGUCUCACCUGUGUACCUUUAGAGAUAUUCGUCAUUCGAUGGUGGGCGCUCGUGGAUGGAAGGCAGAUUAUGCGCUUGCUGGUGACAUGGGAACGAAUGAGCUACGGUGGAGCACCGAAAGUCACAGACAUGAGCAAAUACGAACAAGCGAAGCGAUGGCAAAACACCUACCAAAUGGUGCUUGCAACGGACGAAAUCCGCACGUACUGUAUGCUGAACUACGCGAAUAUCAACUGGACGUCUUCUUCACAGAGUGGAGCGCUCACUCGAGGACGAGGAGGCAAACAGAGUGCCUUGGUAGGGUUCAACGGUGGCAACGGUACCGGCUUCUACCAGCUCCCUUUCUCUUCCGAAGGCAACUCGUACAAGCUCGUCCAGUUCGGCUCAACUCAGGUAGCUGGACGUUGGCUGGCACGAAUCGAUGAGCAGAUCCAAUACGGCGGAUGUACGAAUGAUAGUACAGGGACCAUGGAGCUAUCGCAACAGUACGGUAACAUGCUUGGUGGAUUCGCGCUAAAUGUGACAGGUCCCUGCCUUCGUCCAUCUGACGUCAUCAAAAUGCAGUUCGACGAAAUUACGACGAUCGAUUGCGAAAGGAUCGAUAUGGUAAUGGCUCGAUGCGUGAUCCCAACCAAUACCGUGUUCAGGAUCGGCAUUGUAGAUGUGAAGCUGUCUGUGGACGCCGGAAAGAAUUACCCAUGGCAUACAAAAUUCUAUAUAAGUAUAGUCCAGCCAUGCAAUUGUCACGCCUUGAUCCCCUGCAUCUGA